AUGGAGAUCCACUGUCGUUCCCGUUUGAAGGAGCAUAUGAAUAGUUUUUCAUUUUUGGUGAGAUUUCUAGCUCUGUUACUGUUUCUUCGAGGGGCUGGUGGACAGUCUCCGUGUUAUAACGAGAUCACGAAAGCUCCCCUCAGAUGCAUGCCUUCUUUCGAGAACGCUGCUUUCAAUAAAGCCGUUCGAUCCAACAACACUUGUGGGAAUCCUCCGAGCGUAUUUUGUGUUCAAACUGGCGUAACCUCGCCCACCAAAGAAUGCGAAAUUUGCGAUGCAAAGCAGGAACAGUACAGCCAUCCCGCAGUUUACAUCACUGACAUUAAGAACGAUCAAAAUAGAACGUGGUGGCAAUCUGAGACGUUGCUUGAAAACUCUGACAAACCCGUUACCAUCACUCUCGAUCUUGGGAAGACCUUCGAUGUAUCUUAUAUUAGGAUUCGUUUUAGAUCACCGAGGCCGGAGUCGAUGGCAAUUUACAAGAAAACCAGCACUGACCCGAACGCUCCAUGGAUUCCGUAUCAAUAUAUGUCAGCUUCGUGCGAGAAAACAUACAAAGUAAAAACGAAUGACAUCGUAAGGACAAACCAACAAGUGUUGUGUACGAAUGAAUUCAGCAGUAUUUCUCCUCUUACUGGAGGGAACGUGGCUUUUACAACGUUGCAAGGUCGACCGGAUAACCUCAACUUCGAUAACAGUCCCGAAUUACAAGACUGGGUAACAGCGAGCGCGAUUCGUAUAGAUUUAAAUCGAAUGAAUACAUUUGGAGAUGAGAUGUUUGGUGACAUUACCGUGUUAAGGAGCUACUACUUUGCUAUUAUAGAUUUGACAAUUGGGGGAAGAUGUAAAUGCAACGGACACGCUGCAAGUUGUAGAGAGAAACAAAUGCCCUCGGGAGAUCUUCAGUUGAUGUGCAUUUGCGACCACAACACAACAGGAGUCGACUGCGAAGAAUGCCAUCCGCUUUACAACAAUCGGCCAUGGGCUAGGGCCACUGAGAACAGCGCUAAUGAAUGCAUCAGUAAGUAUAGACAUUUUCAAUUCAGUCUGUUAAUAUUUCUGAUAUUAUUCUGAUAUUAGUACGAGUCUGUGGUUUUAUUAAAAAGCAACUCGUUUUUACUAAAUUUUGGUUGCUGCGUCUUUAGGUUCAAGUAAAAUUCCUGGACGCCCUUAAUGAAUUUAAUCUCUCGUUCGAUCCAGAAUUAUUUGCUGUUGACCUAAAAGACAUUGAAGCAGCUUGACGAUAUCUCUCACCGGAAGUCUGCAAUAGCUCGGUAACGGGCUUUUUUCGCAAUGAAAUGAAUAUUCAACAAAGGCCCAUUUAUUGGGGUUGAACGUUUUACAUUUGAAGAACCACUAAAAGAAGACUAUCUCUUUGAUGAUGAAUUAGAAGUGAUUCAAAGAUAACAAUUUAUGAAGUAUAAAUUACUUGCUAAAGCAAUCGAAAGUAUUUUAUCCUGUAGUAGUAAAUUGCUUGUAAUUCGAAUCUCGCUUGAUACCGUAACGAACUUAGCCUAUAUUAAAGGAUACCCUGCAGACUACUCCGAUGUCUUGGAAAUCCAGCGUCUGGCUUUCCUUUUGAAGGACUAAUCUACUUGAGACUUCUGCUGUUAACACCGCGGAUAAUCCCAGUUUCCGUAUGAGUAAUACCACUGAAAUACUUAUGCAAUAGAAACUGCGAUUUCAUAGCAUAAUUUACAGACAUGAAGAGAAUGGAGUGGAUGAUUAGAUAUGUUUCAAGAGCGGUUGAAAGAUCAAAGCUCGUGUGAUGAUAGAUUUAGCAGCCGGUGGCCUCAGAAUUGAUAGAGGCUGCUGAAAAUGAUUAGAUGGCUGCUGUAAAUUCUCAUAGUGGUCUUUUCAUGUAGAUGUAAGUUUUUUGAGGGUUGAGGGAAUUAGAGCAUGCACGAUUUUGAACUAAAUUUUUAAUUUAUUUUCUCCGACUGUCAGAUUAACCUGAAAUCACGUUUCCUUUUUUUCUUAUGCACAGAGAAAAAUUCUUGGAAUUAACAGUUAUACCAAUGUAAAUUUUUACAAGUAUGCAAACAAAAUUGAAUGUAUAUUUAGGGGAAAACAUCGCAAAAAGCGCAGGUGUAUCAUGUGAAGUGUUCAAGAUUUUAAAGUGUUUUUUUAAUUAAAUUUUAAGCGCAUAAUGUAAACCAGUUUUGUGGUUUCUUGAUUAGAUUACCUUAUUUCACACGGUGUUUUUAAAAAUCGGAUCAACAUCCUGUGGGACUGAAUGUUUCUUUGCCCCCUUUGGUAUGGAUUAUAAAAGACACUCAGAAAAUACAAAGAUGUUCUGGGAAAUUAAAUUUCUUCCUUCUUUUGGUGAAUAUAAUAGAAAGAAGUUCUAAUCUCUAAUGCAUUUAAGAGUAACAUUAUAUUUCCUGGUGAAAUUUGAAUUAUUAUGAAGAUGCUGGCUAAAUAUUCAACAAUUUUUUUGCUAAAGCAUUCAGGAUGGACAUCUCAAAAGUUAGGAGGUUUUGGACUGAAAUGGUUUUUGAUGAGACCAAUAAAUUGAUGGGUCAACCAGUUUCAUGGUUACUCACAAUGGAUAUGCAUGUUCUCACAGAGGGGAAUCAAUGGGAUCUAUUUUUUACUUAUCUUAUAUCAAAAUAAGUGUCACAUGUCUUGAGGAAUUUGAAGUUUAAAAGCAAUUGAAAUUUACCAACAGGGCUAUUUGAAACGUAGGUUACUAGGCACUGUAGUAUUUAUUCAGUAUUGAUUAUUUUUACAUGUCUCUCUCUUUCUCCAGAGUGUGACUGUAAUGAUUUAGCAGACAGCUGUGUGUAUGAUGAAAGUCUUGGCUAUGGACGAUGUGAAAACUGCAAGAGAAAUACUGCUGGCCCUAAAUGUGAACGGUGCCGUGACAAUUUUUUCCGCCUGACACCAUCUGAUGACUGUCAGGCAUGUAACUGCGAUCCUGUGGGCUCAGCUUCAUUACAGUGUGAUGCAAAAGGACAGUGCACCUGUAAGCCAGGAGUAACAGGCAUCAAAUGUGAUAAAUGCCAGGCAAACUUUUUUGGGUUUUCACAGACUGGUUGUAGGUAAGUCUUCUCAAUGAUUUAAAUUUUACUUGUUAACUAUCACUCUUACUUGUUUUUACACACUUAAUGUAAUUCUUGUUUGAAAAAACCAAGUUUUACCAUAUGGUGUUCUUUGAAAAACCAGUGAUGGAUACAUACAACUCAUUGGAUUGUUUUAUCAUAUGAUACGUGCAGAAAUUUGGGAGUUGUGAAGCAUUUUUCCAAACCCCGUUGUGGGGUUAAAAUUUACAAGCAAAAUGUUCACCCACUUGAGUGUUCUUGAUGACCAACCAAAUCAUGUCUAAAAAAUGGAAAAGAAAAUGAAAGAUCAGGCCAAUCAUUUCUGUCCAUAUUUUUACCCUGUUCUAUUUUGAAAUACAGUGGCAUAUUUUGCAUGUUCAUUUGCCCUGAUAUGGUAAAAUGAGAUACUAGUGGAACAAUGAGAGCCUUUUGUUUCCUUUGAUGAUUAACUCAUGGAAGUACUGUCUUUAUCUCCUUGAUGUUGUUUAUAUUAUAUUCCUUUCCUCAAAAAUGGGGAAAGCGUGUAAAUGAAAUCAACAUGUCAUGAUUGUAAUAAAUAAGGCAUAACUUUCUAUGGAAAACUAAGCCAGUGAGCUGAACAUCAAGCUGAUUUUUAAAAAAUUGAAUUUGUUUUGAGAAAAAAGGCAUGUAUGCUCAUUUCCCAUUUAGGCACAUUGAUAAUUUAACAUAAUACCUUCUAAGAAACACUCUUGAAAAUGCUGUUGAUCUAAACUCAAUGCUCUAAUAUACCUUUUUUACAGUUUUUGAGGUACUUUUGAUGGGUUGGGAAACUCAUUAGAAACCAUGAAUGUUAAAAUAGUUAUGAAGAGUGAUUCUGAAUGUCUCCCGCAAGUUUAGAAUUAUUAUAAGCUUCAUUUACUAGCCAAAGGAUUUUUUUAACACCGUGCUAGAACUUAGAACUGUGCCCUAACCAGAGUGUCAGAAUUAAUUUUUAUUUAUCCCUUAGAAUUUAUAGUGCUUGUUUCCCCACAGACUGUGUGCUUGAAGGGUGACAGAGACCUGAACCAAUUCUUGUGAGGGAUAGAGACUUUCAAAGACAUAACAUUUGUAACCCAAUACUUUGCACGUAAUUUUUUUUAAAAAGUUAUUUACCAUAACUCUCCUUUAAGGGCUUGUCAAUGUGACCUUGAAGGAACAGAUCCAAGCAACACACAAUGUAAUGAAAAAGGAGAAUGUUCUUGCAAAAGGAAUGUGAUUGGUGCUAAGUGCAAAAAAUGUAGGACUGGAUACUUUGGAUUGGAGAGUUCCAACCCACAUGGCUGUAGACAGUGCUUCUGCUAUGGACAUACCAAUGUGUGUGAUAAAGCUGAAGGUUAUGCUGGAAGAAACAUUUCAAAUGACUUUACCAGAGGUUUGAAUGGUUGGACUGUCAUCAAUGAGCAAGGUACCCAAAUUUGGGAAUUAAUUGCAAAUAUGACUGGAGAGCUUGCAGAAUACUAUUCUAGUUCCCAAAUCCAAUUUAUAGUACCAGCCAAAACAACAUCUAUUUAAUGUAAAGUUAGUGUAUCAGCAUCCUAUCUGACAUUUAUCCUUGAAAAUUGUGCAGAUUCAAUGGUAUGUCACUAAUUGCCAAUUUUACAAGUUUAUGCUACAGAUAUGCAACAAGGGGUUGGAUUGUUGAAUGCAUUUACAAUUCAUUUUCUGGAAACUUUCAUGCUUUGAAAUAAAAAUUUUUGUUUUCAAUACAUAUAACAGAACCAUUGCACAGACAAAUUAUUGGUUACCCGUCACAGAGACAAGGUUGUCCCAUACCACUUCUCUGUCUUAUGCACAUUUGAAAAGGAAAGUUACCAGACCUAUAGCAACCAAAUGACAGACCUAUGAGAGAGACCAUUUGGUCAAAUUGGGACAAGUUGCACCAAACUGAGGCUAUUUGAGCCUCUAUCCUUUGAUUUCAUUUAUUUAUUCUUACCUAACUAUUUUCUAACUAUUUAUAUUUUACCAUGCAUUGAAGUUGUUUAGUUCCCGAGUACCUUCAAAAGGGUUAACAAUCUUUUUUGUUUGAGAUAAAAAGAGUUGUUUUUUGGUUUUCCCCUUUGCCUCAGAGGAGAAGGCAGCAUUUUAUUUUCUUUGUGAAUAUUUUAUACUUGAGCCUUAUUUGAUUGGCAUUUAACAGGAAGGGAUGUUACUGAACAAUAUGCAGUUCACCAUGUGGGAGAGGGUCAUAUCAGUGUCACAGCAAUAGGAAAUGAGGUCCUCUAUGUAUCAGCACCAGCAAUGUACCUUGGAAACCUUCGCAGUAGUUAUGGUCAGCUCUUUGGUUUCUCAUUUCGUGUAGCAGCUGUGGAGGGGGUUCAAGUGGAACCAAGCGAUAUCAUUUUGGAGAGCAAGGAUGGAAGUCAAGUAUCUGCUAGGCUUAAUACACAGAACAACCCAAUUCCUAGCACCGACUUUCAAAAUUAUGUGUUCCGUCUACAUGAAGAUCCUUCUCUUGGUUGGGAGCCGAUGCUUAAGGGGUUUGACUUUCAAAAAUUGCUGACUAAUUUGAAAGCUAUCAAAAUUCGCAUGAAUUAUGGCCCCCAAGGAACUGGCUUACUUGACAAUGUUUUUCUGGAGUCAGCAAUCUAUGAUCCGAGGACAGCCCCUGAAUUGCAGGUGCCUUGGGUUGAAAAUUGCACCUGCCCAGCUCCUUACACUGGUAAAAACUGUGAACAGUGCAGUGUGGGCUACACCAGGCAACAGGGUUCAGAUGAUAAAUAUGGCCAGUAAGUUUUGUUUAGUGAUGUUGUUGGCUCUAAACAAACUUGUUGGUAUCUUGCAUCUUUUUUAAAUUAAGCACCCUUUCCAUUUUUUUGUUUUGUUUUCUACAAAGUUAGCCUCUUUGGUUGUGGGCAAAGCUACUGUAUCAUCACCUUUUAACUCCCUGAAGUGAUUAACAUGUGAUGUCUCCUUAAAAUAUCCGUACUUUAUUCAGCAAACUAAUUAUGAGAAUACUCAAACUUAUUAGGCACAAGAAGUUAUCUUGAUCUGACACCAAAAUCUCUUAGCUAAUUUACAGAGAAAUGUGAAGCAGCUGGAGAGGAGAAUUAACAAUCAGAUCUUGAGACUUUUAGGGUUAAAGUACCAUGCUAAGAGUAUAUAAAAUACUGUAAUAACUUCAAAAAGCUGUCAUUUGUAGGGUUAAAGUAAUUCUAAUUUUGUUAGAGCAAAGAGGUUACAGGUGGGGCAGUGAAUGUGUGGCAACCCAACAUUAUUGGUUCCUAAUAUUUUUCUUUGUUUACUGGUGUAUCAGAGUGAGUAAUACACAGUACUAUUAGAGACCUGUAAAUGUGCUUUUAACAUUACAUAUACACUAAACACCUUGGAAAGGAAGGGAUAUAAUGAACACCAAUGUAACAAUUUCUGGAAGCUGAGCAGCACUUUGAAAUGACAAAGCUUAAGUUUGCUAAUGGCUUAUGGUGAAAGUGGAUUGAGAAUUUGAUUUUAGAAUAUUUGAUUUUAGUAUUCCACUAAAAGGAAUAUUGACUGGAUUUCUUAGUUCCAAACAGUUCAAGACAGUUAGUCCUCCUCUUUUCAUUAUUGAAAUUCUUUCCUCUUCCAGGUGUAUUCCAUGCCAGUGUUAUGGUCACUCAGACUCUUGUGAUCCAGUGACAGGGGUUUGCAAUUGUCAAGACAACACUGAAGGUGACAACUGUGAGAAAUGCAAAGAUGGCUUCUAUGGAAACCCAACUGAAGGAAAUGAAGAUGAUUGCAAGCCUUGCCCCUGUGUGUUUGGCUCCCGCUGCAUUCAGAUUGCUGAAAGAGUUGUUUGCACAGACUGUCCUGAAGGUCACACAGGGGAUCUGUGUGACUUUUGUCAAGAUGGUUACUAUGGUGACCUUUUAGGUUCAUCAGUUGGUUGUCAGAAGUGUAACUGCAGUGGUAAUAUAGAGAUAAAUGCAAUUAAAAACUGUGACUCUCUCACUGGCAAAUGCUUGAAAUGUAUUUACAACACUAGGAAUGGUCCACUUGAGAGAUGUGAACUCUGUGCUCUUGGAUUUUUUGGAAAUGCUACUCAUUAUCCAAAACCUCAGUGUAUAGGUAUGUCUCCAAGAGGAAAAGUUUUCAAGUAAAUGAUCUUAUUAGUAUGGUGCAUUAGCAGGAUGUGGCUUGGAUAAACAAUAAUCUUAUAUUCAUUAAACCAUUGAUAUCAGUGACAGUAAGCCUUUAUCAUACUCCCCCCUCAAAAGAAAAAAUAUCUGACAAAAAACUGGUGUCAAGCUGCUAGGGACCAGGCACACUAGAGCUCAUUUUGUUUAUUUAAGUGAUCAAAAUCUGUCAACAAGUAGCUAAAAAUGAGUUUGACCUCCACUUUGAAACACUUACCAAAUUUUUACCUGCCUGUCAAUGUCCUACCUCGUUAUCCUUUAAACAUUGAAGUUCUGUUUCUGUUUUUCUUUGAGGCUAUUAGCCUAAAGAAGUUGCUACACAAUUAAAAUAUUAUUGAUACUGAUCCAUUUUUUCACUCUAUUCAGAUUUGUCUAUCUGUCAUUUGCAGAAAAGUGUUUUUCCCUAGGUUUAUGAAAUUCCUGUCUCCAUUCCUGGGGCUAAUGAUUCAGCUGUAGGAAUUUCUUGUUACUUAUUAAUACUUAGCUGAAUCUCAAAUUAUUAUCUUUAUUUUUUUCUAUCCACCAGCUUGUGACUGUUACACUCAAGGCACUGUGAGACCUCCUGACCACGACCCUGAGGAUCCCCUCCCUUGUGAUGACAAAGGCAAAUGUGCUUGCAAAGAAAAGGUUAUUGGAGACAAGUGUGAUAGCUGCCAAGACACCUACUGGAAUGUGGGCUCAGGGAAUGGUUGUCAGCAGUGUUUGUGCAAUGAAGCUGGUUCAUUUAACGACAGCUGUGACGUCAUCACAGGGCAAUGUCCGUGUAAACCUGGAGUGAGUGGAAGGACAUGUGACCAAUGUCAGUCUGAUCAUUAUGGCUUCUCUGAUCAGGGAUGCCAGCGUAAGUACGCUUAUAAAGGCUAUUCUCUUAUUAACUGAGUCCUGAACCUUACACAAUGACGUCAGUGGUUUUGAAAUUGAACUUUCGCGGUAUUUCUUUCUUUUCCUGAAAUUCUUUUCGUUGUUGUUGUUGUUGUCGAUCUUAGUGCUGUUCUGUAAGUGGGCAAAUAGAAUUGUCUCCAGGAAAUGAACACUUGAUCAUAUUUGCUAUAUUUGUACAGAUUAAUUACCUAACUGUGCCUCUGAUACUUUUACUUUCCAAGCUUGCAACUGUAACCCUCAAGGUUCUCUAAAUGAGAGCUGUGACGAGUAUGGCGUGUGUAGCUGUAAGUUGGGAGUCCUGGGUCUCAAGUGUGAUUCGUGCGAGGAAAAUAAACAUAACCUGACGGCCGGCUGCAUCCGUAAGUGUUGGUCCUAUUUCUUAUUUCUAAGUAGCGUAAGAAUUCUAGGAAUUUAAACAUACUUUCCGUUACAGUCUGGUACCUUUUUACUUCCUCUCUCGUGACACAUAAAACUUCCACUACAAGUGUUGGUGUGUUAAUCUCUCAGUACCAUGAGAAUUUUCAGGAAUCUAAGAAAAUUUUCGUUUACGUCUACCAUUAACUGGUCACCUUUUUUAUUACGGGCCUCUUGGCUCUAAGGACCUUCGUAGAACGAGCUAAAGCGGCUUUAGCCUGCGUAUCCAGUGGAUCUUUUGGCGCGCACUGGCGCAAAAGCGUCAGAGAGGCAGAAACGAGAAGUAACCUUUUAUUCUUGUGUCUUAGUUCAGAUUUAAUCUCUGAGGAGUAAGUUUUGUUUUGAUUCUGAGACAAUUUCCGUGUACGACUUAGAGUAAUCAAGGCGCAUUCAAUGUAAACGCUGUCUUUGAUAUUCUGUGAAGGUUGUCCCGCAUGUUACAACGAAAUUCAGCUUCUGGUCAACCGGCUGAGAAUUAACAUCCGAGAACUCGUCAGAAUCAUGGACCAGUUUAACUCUAGCUCCAGUGGAGGGAUUAUUGUAGAUCCCAACUUUGAACGUCGCCUUAGGGAACUUAAAGAAGCAAUCAACAAUCUCCUGGAGAAAGCAGAGAAGUCAAAUUCAACUGACCGCGCCCUUCAAGAGCAACUUCAGUUACUAACAGAGCGUGUGGAUAAGAUAAACCAGAUCAUGACAGAUAUGAUGAAUAACACAAAUGUAACGGAAGAGCUCAUCAGCAGUGCGCUCGGAAAUAUUUCCGAAGCUGAGCAGUCCAUAAAUCGAUCGCGUUCGAUGCUUGAUGAGGCGGAAAAGCUGUUGGUGGACAGAGGCGAAAAAGCAUUAAAUGAAUCAAUACUUGCAGCUAACAGUACCAGUGAACAAGCCACUAGGAUGGUGGAGAUCCGGAAUGAGGUAACAUCUAGUGUGUGCACAGUCUGACCAGGUACAGAUGUGCUGACAGACCCCUUGUUACUCUAAGGGUCAGCCUUUUCCUUUCGUACCAUGCAGGAUGGAAUGAGCUUGAGAAACUUAACACUGACUUCUUUUAUAUUUCAGUUUUAAGCGGAAUGAUAUGCGUUUGAAAUGGAUUUUAUUUUGAAGUGAAACAGCCUUUCUGAUGCUUCAUGAAAAUUAUUCCACUGUAAGUUUUUAUCUUCUGUUGUUGUUUCUUCGUUUUUGUUUCAAGAGUUUUUUCUUUCCUUUAGACCUCUCUCUUGGCCGAUAAACACGAAAAUGAGGCCGACGGCGUCAUUGAAAGUGCGAACGAAAUUCUGAACAAGUCAAAACAAGCUGUGAGUGAUACGGAAAAAGUCACCACUGCGCAGAAAAAGACAACUGAUGGUUUAGAGGAGUUACUCAGGAAACUCAAUAAGACAAUCCAAAUGCACCAACAAGCGGCAAAUGCAACAGAGAAGUCACGUGAUGGUUCCCAGAGUGCUCUGGAUGAGGCAAACGAGUUGUAUGAGAAUGGAACCGCACCAUUUCCUGAGUUCGGUCUACAGGAGAUGAAAGGUAUUGUAAUAGGUGUUUGCACUACGGCAUGACUGCGUCGAGUUUGAACCAACAGAACGGAAUAAAUAAACCUCUCGACUUAAUUACAAAUACAUUAAUGGGUAUUUCCACUUUGCACCUCGAUGCACUUGCUCUACAAUCGAUGGCAAAAUAGUAGGUGCGUUAAACACCAAGUAAACUAUUUAAAAUAACGUAUCUUGACUAAGUCCUGUCAUUAUACAAUUUAUUUCUAAUUUCAGAAGAUUCCCCAGUCCCCACCUCAAAGCAUGAUUUUUGACCUCAUGUGACAUCUACAGACUAGUUCACCCUUCAUUACAUUUGUCUCGUGUACUGAUUCUCUAAAAAUAAGUCUCUCAAGAAGACUAACGAGCACGCAAUAUUUAUCCAAUUUCAGCGAAAGUCAACAACUCCAAAGCAGAGUUGGUCAUCACAUCCAACUCUACUGAAGAGAUCUUGAGUAACUUGGAAACACUUGUCAACAGCUUUGACAUGAAGGAAGAAUACGUUAGAAAGAAAAUGGCUGAGUGGCCAGGCCUUUUCGAAACACUUGAGGGACUGUUGACUAAUGUCAAAAGCGCUAACGAAACUGCGCAUAACGCGAUUGCUCGAGGGGAGGAGACAUUAAAGAAGGCUAAAGACUUGUUGGAAAGACUCAAGGUAGGUAAUUAACAUAACGACGUGUGAAUGCAUAUUUGGUCGAUUUGAAUUGUUAAAAUUGAAUUUUGGUAGUUCUUCAGGUUUCAGCAGUUAAUUAUAAAACGGUAAUACCUUGUUUUGAUAAUUGAUAAUAACAAUACAAACAUCCUAAAAUAAUCUGGCAAUAACACUUAACACUUGAGUGUUGUUGUGACUUCAUUCCCUCUAUCCCUCUCAAGUAUACAUUACACUUACUAUGAGAACUCUGAUUGGUCGAGAGCAUACAGUUAAUAUACAAUAGCGUGUGAAGUUAACCUGAUAACCCAAUAUGUGCCGCAGUUAUUGGGUUAUUAUAUCAAGUUCAAAGUCUACUUAGUUUUCAGGCCCCUUGUCCGUGUAGUCUACUCAAACUUAAGCAAACUCAGGGAGAAUUUCUCUCGCAGAUUGUUCAAAAAAUGUAUAUUAAAACAAUGUGUCUGUGUUAUCUGCCUCAGUCUUCGGCUUGGGCAGGUAACUCAGACCUCGGCAUUGACAAUUCAUGAUAUCAUGCUCAACACCAUCUAAUAAUUGCUUAAUAUCAUGACUACAAGAAAAUGAACACCGUUGAUUCAAGACGAUGAAGAAACCAGAAGUUGAUACAACUGCUGGCCAAUCGUGCAAGCAGAACUGAGAUAACUAAUGGCCGUGAGUCUUUCAGACUGGAUUUCCCUCUUUAUGAAUUUCUUGCAAGACAAAUUUGUCUUUCAUUCGCAAUCACCAUACAACACUGUUAUGUUUCACAUUUCAGAAAUUCAACGAAAUCAUCGACACUUCUAGAGCAGAAGCUGACCUAGCCGAGGCUAACAUAACAGAGAUUGAGCGACUAAUUAGUUCAGCUAAUAACAAGUCAGAUGAGGCUGCUGCUACCUUGGAAACCACUGAGAACCUGGCCAUGAAGGCGAAGACAACAGCUGAGGAGGCGAAUGAGACAGCUAACAGAACGCGACAGGUAAGUUGAUGUAAAUCGAUUAUCAAUGAAUUUGGCGUGUGCACUGCGUUUUCUAGAAGAUAGGGUAGUAUUACUCACUGUAAGUUGAAUACUAGACGUUAAGGGAUGCUGGAUAACAAGAUGGUUUGUACUGGUUCCCGUUUUUUUUAAUGUUUCCACUUAUUGUCACCAUAUGGUAGCAUAUUGCCCGUUGAUUCAAGCGCGUGAUGGCUUAUGUUCUAAAGGGUCCCAGUGAGAGAAAGCAAUGUUUAAAGAAACACUCAGUAUCAACUCUGUAAAGUUGGUGAAGGUUGAUAGAAAGCUUUAGCGAAUUUUGAAAACGCUUACGUUUUUCCAUAAAAGUCAUAGUGAAGGAUGGCUCCGAUAAAUUGCUUAUGCUCGCAACGUGAUCUUUUCAAAGUUAUGUGGAGUCCUUUGUCUACCUUCACUGACUGGGAUUAGAUAAACAACAAAGUGUUUAAGUAGACAGAUAAUCUAUUGAUGAACCUAAUCCGUAACAAGCCGGAUUCAAGGUUGUCAAAAAGUAACUUUGUAACUCCAGUCUAUCUAAGUAGGCACACAAUUUUGGUCAGGGUCAUGGAAAUUUUUUGAGACGGUUAUGAUGCCAUAACUUGUAGUAUUUAAAUGCUUUCCUAAAGCGAAUAUGAAUAGAAAUCAACCUUUAGUUGACGUUUGCUUCGACUCAUCAUCAACAGAAAGCUAAAGAAAUUAAAGAAGAAGCAGAGCUACUCAGGAUUCCUAUAGACAACGUCACCGAUCCAGUCUUGGAAGCUACCGAUGAAUUGAACGACCACAAGAAUACCGCUGCCAAACAUGAGAAGAGUAUUGCAGACGCGCUGAACAAGACAAAUGAAGCUGGCGAAGCAGCUAAGAAUGCGCGCGAAAAAAUAAAAGAAGUUCGUGACAGGCUGAAUGCACUUCUGGAUGAGAUCAAGGGGCUGGACUCUGUGAAUAUGACGCGAAUGAAUCGCAUUGAAAAUCAGCUUCAGAACGAAACGGACUUGGUACGUCAGUUGGACCGUGAGGUAUCGACAGUGGAAAAACAGAGUGAACUAGUAAAGAAUAAAAUCAUAGAAUACACCAUAGAUCUAAACAAAUUGAUUAAGCAAAAGGAACUUCUUCAAAAGAAUUAUGAAAACCUACCAAAGGUUUGCCCUCGUACGACUCCACGACCAGAAACGUAGAGUUAAUUAAGUUUUGUAGUUGUGACACUGACAAAAAGCUCGUUAAGGUUAUACACGACUGAAAUAGGCCAGCCAGGAGUAACGCAUUUAAACAUCUUGUGCUAAACAAUGUUUCUCAACUAAGUGACAACUUGGUAUAUUAUUACGUAUUAAACUAUAGCAAUAAGAAAUCCAUUUAUCCUUUUGUAUUGCCAGGCAUUUUAAAAUAAUUGCUCGGUUUUUAGAACGGAGUUGCAGAUUAUGUUAUUGAAUGGUAUUUUU